GAAAGAGAAAGAGAACAGUUAUAUCAUGUACGGAAUGUCAUAGACGAAAACAGAAAUGUGACCGCAGUUGGCCUUGCCAAAAUUGUCUCAAGCGAGGUAAAAUGUCACUUUGCCAGUACGAGGGCCUUGAGCCUCCGAAGACCCCUCUUUCGGGUGACUCCUCUAGUUCUGGCACUCGCAAUGAGCUAAAUGUGGAUUCGAAAACCAUUGAGCCAAAUGGGCCGCUGGACUUGAACACAGACACAGCGUUGGACCGCAACGUACUGGUCAGUGGCCUGGGAUACUCUGCACAUACCAGUCACAGCACCCUAGGUGUCUUGGGAGCGCUUGAGACGCACAGUUAUAUCGGAACCCCGUUCUCGGCCAGCAAAGAGACGGUCGGGGGGAACCUUCAGUAUGACAUAGCCUCCAAAUACAAAGACUCCGUACGGUACCUGCCAGCAAGCCAUCACAUCCAUCAACUGCUCGAUUUCUUCUUCUCCCAUGUUAAUUGGGCUUACGACGUGAUUGAUGAGAUCACCUUUCGACGCCAGUUGGAGUCUUGGACGAACAUCCCCUACUCGAUGUUGCAACGCGAUCCCAAUGAAUUAGAUCCGGAGAUACGCGUGUUUCCCGCGUUAUUACUUCAGGUUUUAGCCCAGACAUUGCUGUACCAUCCAUCGAACGAUGAAACACUCGUUUCUUUGAAGUAUAUGCCAGGAAUGUCGUUCCACGACGUUGCCAAAGAGCUCAGCGAUGCAGGAGCCACAAUUCUGGACCUGCUAGGGAAGAGGUGUCUUACACUAGGUACGGUUCAAACUGGCUUGCUGAGGGCAGCAUUCUUGAAAAGUAGCGGUCUUGUGGUCGAAGCUUGGCAUACGCUUGGGAGUGCGAUUCGAGAUGCGCAAGAAUUGGGUCUUCAUUUCAACGAAGGUAUCUUUGAGCAGCGCCUGCCAUGCUCAGAUGCAGAAGAGGCAGUUUGGGACCGUGAGAGGCGCAGCAGACUCUGGCUGAUCUUGCAUAUAUGGGAUACCCACAUGGCGGUUGUCUUAGGCAGGCCGAUUGCCACCCAGCUGCAACAGAGGACCUUCACACUCCCCCAAGAUGUCUGCGCACGGCAAGAAUGGACGCUUCCAACGAAGAGAACGGAAGCUGACCCGCCCACGGCAUUCUCCGUGCUUCUAGCGGGCUACAAUACCGCUUAUCAAUACUUUCCCACCAUCCAUCGAAUCGAGCAGAAAGGUGGUCGACAGGAAGACUACGUCACAGUAGACAAAGUCCACGCGGCUAUCAUGCAAAACAUACAUUCCUUGCCUUCUUGGUGCCGCGCGGACAAGUCGGAUUCGCGGUAUGACCGGGAAGUGGGCUGCACUUGGUUGCCUGCUGCGCGGGAGACUCUAUGGUCCCUCGUUCAUUUUGUUCUACUCGCUUUACACAGACCAUACAUCUUCUCCGCGCCAGAAAGCCGCACCCGUGCCUUGAAGGCCGGUUUACAAAUCCUUAAUGCCCAAUCUAGACUCUUCCGGUUAUUCGAACAGCAACAGCCAAAGGUAUUCAAUAUGAUAUAUGCGUCGUUCGAUGCUCUUGUACUUGUGGCUGCUAUCUACAUCCUCUACCCGCAGGAGAAUCGCGAAGAUUUGAAGGAGUCAUUGCAAAGCAUUGAAUGGGGGUUAAGCACAUUGGCUACGUUAGGGGAACACAAUGAAAUGGCGAGGACUGCACACGGAGUAGUUCUAGCGCUCUACCGUCGGUUAAAACCGCGUUUGGACAAUUACCGCUCUAGUGCAUCUAUGAAUGGUGAAUCCAGCGAUAAUAUACACGCCCCUGCACCACACCCAAUGCAAGAUCUGUUCUUUCAGCACCUCUCCGGUGUCACUUCGCCCGCGACUAACCAGCCGUUUACUUUACCGGAUGACUUGACCCUUGGUCUCCCGGAUACCGCCCUCCAGUUCGGCGGCACGUAUCCGAGUGACAGCUUCUGGAACUUUAUGAAUGAAUAUACAUUUCCGACCUUCUAUUGAUGGUCUAUCUUUCAUGUCGCUAUACCAAUGCGCUUUUGGACGGACCUUCACUUGUCCCGGUCGCCACAACAUCCUACUGCGUCUCUUUGACUACAAGGAUGAAUAUAGAACAAAUAAUGUCAAAUUUUCUUCCUAUAAGAUACCCGUGAUGUGACAUG